GGCCUGCGUAAUAAUGUCAAUAUUAAGUGACUCUGGAUUUGAGGAGGACUUCCAUAGCCCGUCUCCACCUUCCACUCACCGACCAGCCUCUCAAGCGCAGGAAGAUGCCGGGCGAUACCUGUUGGUGGCUGACUGGCAGCUGUCCCCUGAUUAUGAUGAAAAUUGCUUCAACACUCAGAAACGAAACGAAAAAGAAUUUCUAACGAGCGACUGUUUAGCUCAUCAGCCGCAGAUAAACGCCGAAGCUCGCUGUAAACUUGUGAGUUGGCUCAUCGCUGUGCACAGACAUUUCGAGCUGUCCUUCGAGUCCUGUUGUCUUGCCGUUAACAUCAUGGAUCGCUUCUUGGGCACCACUGCUGUAGCGUCCGACUGCUUCCAGUUGCUUGGCGUCACUUCGUUAUUAAUAGCCAGUAAACAGGUGGAAGUGUGCUCUCCACGCAUCAAGCAGCUGCUGUCCCUGUGCUGUGGCGCCUUCUCACGGGAGCAGCUCUGUAACCUAGAGUGCCUGGUGCUUCUGCGUCUCGGGUUCCGUCUGGCUGCCCCCACACUGGCCUUCUUCCUGCAUCAUUACACCCUCUCAGCCAAUCACAUUCUACGCCAGGACCCUUUCAUUUGCACCAGACUAUCGAAGGAGAAGUCAACCAAUCAUGGCUUAACCCAGGACUCGUUAGCCAGUCUUGGCCAACCACAGGAGAACUCCAUGACCUGCCACAGCUCACAUGAUCUUACUCCCAGGCCGAGCCCUCAGCAGCAGCACAAUGAGGAGCUCAGGUGCAGUCCAAACAGUUUGCUGCACCUCCAGUUGGUUGAGCGAUGUGGGAGCUUGGCACGGCGGAUAUGUGAGCUCAGUUUGGCCGAUUAUGCUUUUAACUGUUACUCGCCGUCAGUGACGGCGCAGAGCGCUCUAAGACUGGCCCUGGAGCUGCUGGGGGUGAGCAGCGCUUGUCUGCAGGGCUGCUCUCCUGUGGAGGGACCUGACCUCAGGCUGCCACUGGGAGGAGACAGUGAGAAGGACCUUCUUCAGAACUGCACUGAGAAACUCAAGCUCCUUGUGUCACUCAAUCAAACGGCCUUGCAGACUCUAAUGAAUCUUCAAAAUAGCGAGUAGGGAGGAUUUCUGAAGUUCUACUUUUACUAGCAAUCCAUAUUUCUACAUUUACUUCAAGAAAAGAAUCAGUGAUGCAGAACAUCUUGACAACCAAGUCCUUUCUUUUUCAUUGCAUGUCAUAACAGAGUCACCUCAGUAUGCAGAUUUCACUGAAAUACUCACAUGCAUGCCAAGUUUGCCAACAGCGCAUUUUGAUUCUCUGUGUGACAAGUCUGUAUAGGCCUACAGCCUUACAUGACAGAAUGUGUUUUGUGCUCUCGACCUCAGUAUAGGGAUUAAGUUACUGGUAAAAAUGAAGUUUUAUCAUUAUACGUUAAAUUAUAUUUGACUUGAAAGUCACUUUGUCUUUAUUUUGUUAUAGUAAGCUGAGAAAAAAGUCAAUCACUGUCUGUUUUAAGAAUCAUAAUGUAAGUAACAGUAUUUAUAUUGUUUGUCAUUGUAUUUAAAUAGGGGAUAUUCUGUUUAAAUUAAACAUUUACA